CAGACUUAGAUUAUGGCUUUUUCUUUCACUGUCCACAACUAUGAACUCAUAUGUACUCCUUCGAUCUAAAGCUUACGUUUACCAAUGGAAUUUAGCAAAGUAUUGCAGCUUUUCAAGGCUUUACAUAGAACAAGAAAAGAAGUGUUUAAAGGUGAUGAUGCUGCCCUAGAAGCUGCAAGACAGAAUAUUAAUGCUGAAUUCCGGAACAAUCUUACUGAGUCGUCUCCAGAGAAAAUAGUUGAGUUACUUAAAUUUGGUACAGAUGUUGAAAUUAUUCUUCGAAAAACUGUAAUACAGGGGCUUCACAAAGACCAUGAUAGAAUAUCUAUUAGACCCAGAAAAGAGAUUCUUCUGGAUAACAUACCUGUCAAUCAUAAUCCCACAACGAAAGAUACAUAAUAUUUCCAUGGAAAACCAUCUUGGGCAAUUAGCCUCUGUUCUAUCUAUAUAAGAUGUCCAUUGGAAUUUGGAUACAAACACAUCACUAUCCACCUGGGUGGCAACAUAGGGAUCGAUGUACAUGGACUCCAAGAUACCUCUGCACGUGAUCCAUCUAAUGAGAAAACAUGUGAAGUGAAGCCAGUUAUCAAAUUUUCAUUCCCUCCAUGCCAUAUAUUUAUUACCACUCUUACAUGUGGGAGUGAAGAAACCCAUGCGUAGUGGGUCUGUGGUGUUAUAAUUUUGUGACUCUCCACUACGUUACCCCCAAGGUGAAGUGUUCUUUCUCUGAGGACGUUUUGGCUUUGCCAUCUCUCAAUGGCAUCAGAGUUGUCUCUGCUGCAACACCGGAGGGAUGUCCAAAUUGUAGAAUCACAACACUCAUCGAGUGCCUCAUAAUAAUGACAGAAGGGAUUUGAAUCUCAUGGCAUAAUGAGUUCUCUGUUUCUAUUACAGGACAACAGAGGAGCAGUUCAUCUGCUUUUAAGUGCAUCCAGAAUUAUACUAGAUUUUUAACAAAAAGGUGACGAUGUACAGGAUAUCCUCUGGGUGUAUCCCAGUCAGGCCUGCAUAACCAUUUCCAUCAAUCCCAUUGAAUGGCCAAGGCAGUAUUUCCUCCUUCUGUUUUCCAUGUGUUCUGUAUAUCUAAUGAAUUUACUUUCAUUCAUUUUAUUGUUAGGUGUCGAUAGUUUUAUUUGAAAAUUUUGAAAAGUAAGGGCAAGAUGAUGUGACUGGUGCACCUAUGAUCUGUGUGAUGAACUAUUUGUUUUAUGUAAAAUAAAGUGAUCCUAAAUGUG